UUGAACUAUGCAUAUCUUCUUUCCUUGUAUCGUGUUUGUUUGUGUUCUUUGUUCUGUUUCUUGUUCUGUAAUUGAUAGAGAAGAGACAGACCGCUUAGCCUUGCUCUCAUUCAAGGAACACAUAACAUUGGACCCAAAUCAAACCAUGAGAUCAUGGAAUGAUUCGACUCAUUUCUGCAACUGGACAGGUAUUGUGUGCGGUCAAAAGCACAAAAGAGUUGUCGUCCUCAAUUUGUGGUCUUGGGGUCUUUCUGGAUCAAUAUCACCUGCAAUUGGUAACCUGUCAUUUCUUCGGGUGUUUCUAUUUCACAACAACCACUUUACGGGCAACCUCCCACAGGAGGUUGGCCGGCUAUCAAAAUUAAGGAGGCUAGGACUUAAUCAAAAUUCUCUGACAGGUAAAAUUCCUUUGAAUCUGUCUCGGUGUCUAAAUCUUGUAGAACUUGAUAUAGGUGGGAAUAAUUUCACAGGGAUUUUUCCGAAAGAAUUUGAAUCACUCACUAAGCUCAAAUCCAUAAUCCUUGACAAGAAUAACUUAGCAGGACAAAUCCCAAAGUUUAUUGGAAACUUUACAUCCCUUAAACAAAUAUCUGCAAAGGCAUGUAAUUAUUAUGGAAGUAUUCCAGAUACUCUCGGCCAGUUAUCCAAUUUGACGUUUUUUGGAUUCCCACUGAAUAUGCUUUCCGGCGUUUUACCAUCUUCAUUUUUCAAUCUUUCGUCACUGACCAUGAUAAAUUUGCCUCAAAAUUUGAUUGAUGGGAAUCUCCCCACGGACUUUGCACAAAGAUUUCCUAGACUCAGAUUUUUAUACCUUUCAAUAAAUAAAUUUACUGGACCCAUUCCAGUUUCUUUAUCUAAUGCCUCGAAUCUUGAAGAGCUAGCACUUGGUGACAACUUAUUCACCGGAACAGUGCCUAGUUUCGAUAGGCAAACAAGAUUGACAUGGUUUGCCAUUGGUAGCAAUAAACUUGGGAAUGGAAAAGCUGAUAACUUAAAUUUUGUAUCAUCUUUGGGAAACUGUACCAACUUGACUUUUUUGGGUUUCGGUGCCAACAAUCUUGGAGGAGUCUUGCCGAAAUCAUUAUUUAACUUUACUCAACUCACUCAACUCAUAGUUACUGGAAGUUUAAUUUCUGGGAAUAUCCCUUCUGAAAUUGGACAACUAGUUAACAUUAAUAGACUGGUGCUAAGCAACAACCUAUUCAUGGGAAGAGUUCCCGAAUCAAUUGGGAAUCUCAGAAAUUUGGGUCAAUUGUCACUACAUGAUAACUCGUUAUCAGGUUCCAUACCUUUUUCGUUGGGAAAUCUCACGCUAUUAAGUCAAUUAGGUUUGGGAUAUAACAAUUUUCAGGGAAAUGUUCCAUAUACUAUAUCAAACUGUAGACAGUUGCAGUUGUUGCUACUUAACCAUAAUAAUCUUAGUGGUGAAAUACCUAAAGAGAUUUUCAGUCUAUCUAGCUUGAUAUCUCUUGACCUUUCUAAUAACCAUUUUGUGGGUUCACUUCCUUCUGAAGUCGACAACUUAAAGAAUUUGGUUUACUUUAAUAUUUCAAACAACAUGAUGUCUGGGGUAAUUCCACCUAGUCUUGGAGGAUGCACAAGUUUGGUUGCAUUAUCUAUAUCAGGAAACACCAUUCAAGGAGAAAUACCGGUUACAUUUAGCUCAUUGAGAGGACUAAGUAGGAUAGAUCUUUCCUGCAACAACCUAACAGGUAAAAUACCCGAGUACCUUGGAGAUUUUAAAUCUCUCAGAACUUUAAAUCUAUCUUUCAACAGUUUUAAGGGAACGUUGCCAGUACUGGGAGCUUUUAAAAACACAACCAUUGUUUCUAUAAAUGGAAAUGUAAAUCUUUGUGGUGGUUUUCAAGAAUUUCAGUUGCCUGAGUGUACCUUUCCUCAUCCUUUAAAAAACAUCAUUCCAGUCGUAAGUGUGUUAUUUUUACUAAUCAUGGCGAUAACGUUUUAUUUGGUUUAUAAAAGAAAGAAUAGUAAGAAGGCAUCUCUAGAGACCGACUCCGACAUCAAAAGUCUUCCACAAGUGUCCUAUAGAAACUUACAGAAAGCAACCAAUGGGUUUUCAUCCGAAAACUUAAUAGGUUCUGGGAAGUUCAGUUCUGUUUAUAAGGCCGUUCUGUCUCAAAAAGAUGGACCACAAGUUGUUGCAGUGAAGGUACUAAAACUUGCAGUUUAUGGUGCGCACAAGGCUUUUACUGCUGAAGGUGAAGCUUUGAGAAAAAUUAGGCACAAGAAUCUUGUAAGAAUCAUAACUUCCUGUUCAGGAACUGAUUUGCAAGGGAAUGACUUCAAGGCUCUUAUCUAUGAUUACAUGGUCAAUGGAAGUCUGGAAGACUGGUUGCAUCAAAAUCCGGUAGUUGGUCCAGAGAUCGAGGAGACAACCAGAUGUUUAAACUUUUUUCAGAGGUUGAACAUAGUGAUAGAUGUGGCUAGAGCCCUUGAUUAUAUACAUUUCCAAUGUGGAUCACCAAUGAUUCAUUGUGAUAUCAAGCCAUGUAACAUUCUAUUGAAUGCCGACUUGGUUGCUCAUCUUGGUGACUUCGGAUUAGCAAGAUUUCUUCAAUAUGCCUCAGAUGAUUUUUCUGCAAGCAACACAAGUUCCCUUGGUGUACUAGGCACAGUAGGCUAUGUUGCGCCAGAAUAUGGAAUGGGAGGUCAAGCCUCAACAUAUGGCGAUAUCUACAGUUUUGGAAUCCUACUACUAGAGACCUUUACACGCAAACGCCCUACUCAUGAAAUGUUCAACAAUGGUCUGAGUCUUCGUGAUUUUGUGAAGAUGGCUAUACCUGAUCAUGUUUUGGAGAUAACUGAUCCCGUCCUUCUGGAAACAAGACAAGAGGAAAAUGAACGCACUCGUGCAUAUAGAUCAAUCAAGGAGUCCCUGACUACAAUAUAUCAAAUUGGCAUUACUUGCUCCAUGGAAACACCCAGAGAUCGGAUAGACAUGAACAAUGUCUUCAAUCAACUAGAGUCUGUCAAGAAAACUUUCGUUGGUGGUAGACGCAACUUAAUAUAAAGUACAAGUGAUUCAAAUUGUAGCUAAUUAUGUCUCAUGUAUUGUGAUUUCUGAGAGUUUCAACUAGUUCUAAAAAAAAAAAAAGUGAGUUUUGUUUUGC